ACUGUUCUUGAUCACACAGUUCAGUCUUUUUGUGCUUGAGGCUGACUUUUUUUUUUCUUACAGUGAUAUAGUCAUUCAUCCUUCCGUCUUGCUGAAAUGGCAUUGAACGGUAAAGUCGCAAUUGUGACUGGAGCAGCGCAGGGGUUAGGAAGAGGAUUCUCAGAGAUCCUUCUGCAAAACGGUGCGAAGGUAGCCCUCCUGGAUGUGAAUGAAACUGUGGGCAAGAGUUUAAAGGAAACCUUUGAUAAUCAGUAUGGACCGGACAAAAGCCUCUUCCUGAGCUGUAAUGUUGAGUCAGAGGAGCAACUCAAAGCUGCCUUCCAGAAAACCAUACAGACCUUUGGACGACCACACAUCAUGUGCAACAACGCUGGCAUCAUAAAUGAGAGCAACUGGGAGAAAGCUGUCUCCAUAAACCUUAUGGGUGUUGUGCGAGGGACCUACCUGGCUCUGGAACACAUGAACAAACUGACCGGGGGUCAAGGAGGGGUUGUUGUCAACGUAGGAUCAUUAGCAGGUCUUGGCCCUCUACCGUGCACUCCUGUUUACACAGCCACCAAGCACGGAGUGGUUGGCUUCACUCGAGCCAUGGCGGCUGCCUCCGACAUUUCAGGCUACGGCAUACGAUUCAACGUCAUUUGUCCUGCUUUUGUCCAAACUGAUAUCCUCAACGCCUUGUAUCAACCAGAGAAAACGGGACAAUUCUCCAGCCUGAUAGAAAACACCAAAAAACUGAUUGAGAUGUAUGGGAUAAUAGAGGUGCCUGAUGUCUCCAAGAACUUCCUCCAGCUUGUGACAGAUGAGACUAAGAACGGAGAGGCCCUCGCGGUGCUCCAAAAAGGAUGCAGUUAUGUCACAUUUCCAGCAUUGUAAUUGCAACUCUUUGCACUUUCAUAUAGCAAUGUAAAUUAACAUUUUGGAAGGGUGUAAUGAUUUACUCGAUUCACAAUUCAAUUUGAUUCAUGAUACAUGGUUCAUGAUUUGAUAUUCUCAUGCUAUUCUGAACAGAAUUUGAAUUAAGAAAUACUAUUGAAAAAAAAAUAUUAUUUUAUUUUUGAGCUGAAAACAAUGCAAAACAAUUUCAUUUGUGUCUUCAUAACAUUUUACACUCAUGUAUCUUCAGGGGCGUCUCCUCCAUUAAUGGUGCUGCCACUCCUGCAGUUCCAAAUAUGAAAUACAUAUUUUAAUGAAAAUUAUUGUUAUUGUUGUGUUUGUGUAUAUAUUUGAGUUGUUAUCUGGGAUCUGGGGUGAAAAAUUUACACCUAAGCAAUGUUGCCAGAUUGGGUAAUUUUCUGGCCAGCUUGUCUACAGAGAGUCAAUCAUUGAACCAGUGUGCAGAGCAAAAAGGACACGAGAGUGUGAGAGGCACAGUCUUAUGGUGCUUUUCCACUACUACUUACUCGGCUUGACUCUACUCGCCGCGACACGGUUUCGGUGGUUUUCCAUUACAACUGAGUACCACCUCGCCAUGGGUGGAGUCGUCAUAGC